AUGCCUCGACGGCGAAGAAGCGGGUUCGGUGCGACGUCCGCGUUCGUCGCGGCGACGCUCCUGGCGACGACGCGCGCGAGCGCUGAAGGUCUCCCGCGCGCGCGAAUUCAGAAGAAGUCGAUUCGGACGCACAAAGAGUUCAUCUCUCGCCUCGACGCCGAAAUCUCGCGAUGGAGCUCGAGAUUCGGACGAGAGACGCGCGUGAAGGGUUCGCUCGAGGAGACGAGGCGCACGAGCGCCCCCGACGCCUCGAACGAGGGGGAGGUAUCCGGACACGCGGCUGACUUGGCGAAUUACAUGGACGCGCAGUAUUACGGCGACGUGGAGAUCGGGACGCCGAGGCAAAAGUUUCGCGUCGUGUUCGACACUGGGAGCUCAAAUCUGUGGGUACCGAGCUCGAAGUGCGGGUUUCUGCAGGUACCGUGCGAUUUACACGCCAAAUUUGAUUCGGCGGCGAGCGAGACGUACGAAGCCGACGGGACGCCGUUCGCGAUUCAGUACGGAAGCGGAUCGCUGAGUGGAUUCUUGUCCCAGGACGACGUCACUGUGGGCGAUAUAACGGUCAAGGGACAGUAUUUCGCCGAGGCGACGAAGGAACCCGGAAUCGCCUUCUUAUUCGCCAAGUUUGAUGGGAUCCUUGGACUCGGCUUUGACACCAUCUCCGUGGACAAAGUCAAGCCCGUGUUCUACAACAUGAUGGAGCAGAAGCUCAUCGAUAAGAACAUGUUUAGCUUUUGGCUGAACAGAACUUCAAACGUGGACGGUACGCCGAGCGUCACUGGCGGUGAGCUCGUGUUCGGAGGAUCAGAUCCGAAGCAUUUUGUUGGUGAGCACACGUACGCCCCCGUCACACGCGCGGGAUACUGGCAGAUCAAGAUGGACGAUUUUAAGGUUGCUGGAAGAUCUUUGGGCGUGUGCAAGGGUGAGAACGGAUGUCAAGUCAUCGCUGACACCGGGACUUCGCUUCUCACCGGUCCGGCGGAUGUGGUGAAAAAGAUAAAUGACUACAUCGGCGCUCACUCCAUGUUAGGUGAGGAGUGCCGAAUGUUGAUCGAUCAAUAUGCCGACGAGCUCGUGCGAGAUCUUGAAACAUACACGAGUGAGCAAAUUUGUACCUCAAUUGGUGCGUGUGAUUCACCGGAUACUUCAUCUGAGGAAACAGAGUUCGUCACUCAUCUUGCGAUUGCUCGCAAGUUGCUCCAACGUGUGAGCGAUGAACGCCAUCGCGGUCGUCCUGGGCCGGGUCCGCAUUCUGAAGAUCAUCAUCACCACCAUCGUCACUCUGGCCCGCAUCGUGACCACCACCAUCGUCACUCUGGCCCGCAUCGUGACCACCACCAUCGUCACUCUGGCCCGCAUCGUGACCACCACCAUCGCCACCCGCAUCACAGUCCGCACGGGGAGCUUGGUGUUUCCUUCGAGGGAACGAUUUCGUGCAAGGCGUGUACAACUGUCGUGAAUUAUGCACAGAAUUUGCUGAGUGAAAACGCCACAUCGCGUGUAAUCGCUAGUGAGGUGAAGCGUGUGUGCGAUAUGAUCCCGAGCUACGGCGGUACUGCCGCUGUGGACUGUGAAGACAUCCCACACAUGCCAAACGUUGAAUUUGUCAUCGGUGGCGUUUCGUUCAAGCUCACCCCGGAGCAGUACGUCUUGAAGAUCUAUCAAGACGGUGACCCUCAGUGCGUGAGUGGAUUCAUGGGUAUGGACAUCCCCCCGCCGGCCGGUCCGCUGUGGAUCCUCGGUGACGUCUUCCUCGGCCCGUAUCACACCGAGUUUGAUUACGAAAACAAGCGCGUGGGUUUCGCCCGCGCCGCGUGA